UGGCAGGCCAUCACGAACCCCGGCUGGAACCCCAACACCUUCAACAAUGACAUCACCCUGCUGAGGCUCUCCUCCCCCGCCCAGCUGGGACCCCGCGUGUCCCCCGUCUGCCUGGCCCCCGCCAACCUCAACCUGCCCAACAACCUCCAGUGCGUCACCACCGGCUGGGGACGUGUCAACCCCAACUCCCAAGCCUUGGCAACGUACCUGCAGCAGGUGACCCUGCCUGUGAUCUCCCCGAGCCAGUGCAUGCAGUACUGGGGCAACCGCAUCACCAACGCCAUGGUCUGUGCUGGCGGCGUCGGAGCCUCCUCCUGCCAGGGUGACUCUGGCGGACCUCUGGUAUUCCGGAACGGGAACACCUGGACCCUGAUCGGCAUCGUCUCCUUCGGAACCACCGACUGCAACGUCCGCACGCCGGCUGUCUACACCCGCGUCAGCUACUUCCGAAACUGGAUCGACUCCAUGGUCGCUCAGGGUUAG